AUGGCCGAGCCUGAAUCCCUCUUCUCCGACAAACUCGACGCCUCUUCUCCUUUCCCCGCCCACCCAUCCAGUCCCGGGUCUUUCUUAACUUUGUGCUACGGUCGCCAGCUUGUGGAACAUUUCUCAUUGUCUUUCGAGAACACUAGACGAGACGACAACAUCGACGGCCAAGACGUAGGCACACGACUGGAUUGCUUCCUCGGCCGUCAACAUCAGCAUCACCGAGUCGUCCCGCCGCAUCUUGUGGUUCUUCCCUUGCGACCGCUGUGA